CGGUAGAUUUACUCUGAGUGUGGAGAGAUUUAUCGGAGAGGAGAGCUGUGUUUGUUGUUGAGAGAGAGCGAUUUAUUGUGAAUUUACAAAGAUUCAAACGUCAAGGUUCAUUUUACGUCUUUGGACCUUAAACUAGGAAAUAACUGGAGAAAUGACCACUGUUACUGUAACAGAGCCUGACAUCAAGGCCGGUCAGACCCUUUGUGGCGGCCAGGCAGAGUACUCCGUACUGGAGUUCAUAGGCGAGGGGUGCUUCGGCCAGGUGGCCAGGUGCCAAAACCUCCAAACCAAAGAGGUCGUCGCCAUUAAGAUCCUGAAAAAGGAUCCUGGUUUGAUCCUGGACACUGAGAAAGAGGUGACCAUCUUAAAGGUCCUCUCAGUGCUAAAUCCAGAUGCCACCAAUUUGGUGAAGUUUUUUGAGCAGUUCACCCACAUGGGACGAACCUGCCUCGCAUUCGAGAUGCUCCAAAUGAAUCUCUACGACCUGCUCUCCAACCAUGAUUGGGAAUCCAUGUUCCUGAAUGAGAUCAGGCCAAUGGCAAAGCAGCUCUUUGUGGCCUUGGAUGCCCUAAAGACUCUUGGCAUAUUGCAUACCGACAUAAAACCUGAUAACAUCUUGGUAAUCAACGAGCUGGACCAGGCCCUCAGGAUCAAACUAAUAGAUUUUGGCGAGGCCAUCCCAGCCUCCAAAGUCCAGCCUGGGAUGGAGAUCCAACCUCUCGGAUACAGGGCUCCAGAGGUUGCCCUCGGCCUGGAGAUCACGGAGGCUAUAGAUGUUUGGGGAGUAGGCUGCGUCCUAGCCUACCUCUUCCUCGCCGAGAACCUCUUCCCAGUCAAUUGUGAUUAUCAAAUGAUGAGGUGCAUGGUGGAGGUUUUGGGUCAGCCUGAGGACCACCAGCUCCGUGCUGGCAGGUACACUUGUUUCUUUUUCACCGAGGAGGAGGCUGCUGGCGCUCCAAAAUGGAGACUUCUGACUCCUGAGGAGUACGCAGCUGUGAACGGAUUUAAAGCUGAAGAUCGUCACAGCUGCAUCGAUCUGCCGAGCUCUCUGGAUGCUCUGGUGAAUUUUUAUCCAGAUGAGGGCCCUGCAGAAACUGAGGAUAGGAGGGCUUUUGUGGACCUCAUGAAAGGUCUGCUGCACCUUGAUGGGUCCCAAAGAAUCACGCCCCAUCAAGCUCUGCAGCAUCCAUUUAUCAAAAUGGCCCACCUGACCCAGCACCCAGACUACCUGAAUAACUCACAAGUCCUCAUGAUGAGUAUCUGCCAAGAUCCUGGGUCCUGUUGCGCAGACAUGACACCCCUCUCCCCUGAGGAUGGUCCCACAACUGGGUCACCCAACAGGGCAGCAGCCACUGACCCCCGCCAUGAAGCUUCAGACUCCUGGCAUUCGGCUGGAGAUCCACCUCCUCUCUGGGCUGCAGAAGGCUCCAGUGACGGGGACACAGAGUCCCAGCUUUUAGAGGGAGAAACACCAUGUCCCCUCUACUGGGACUAUGAAGAAUCCUGGUCCUUUAAUGGAGAAAAAACCUCUUCUCACAGGGACACAGAGUCCCAGCUUUUAGAGGGAGAAACACCAUGUCCCCUCUACUGGGACUAUGAAGAAUCCUGGUCCUUUAAUGGAGAAAAAACCUCUUCUCACAGGGACACAGAGUCCCAGCUUUUAGAGGGAGAAACACCAUGUCCCCUCUACUGGGACUAUGAAGACUCCGGGUUUUCUAAUGGAGAAAAAAACUCUUCUCACAGGGACACAGAGUCCCAGCUUUUAGUGAGAGAAACACCCUGUCACCUCUACUGGGACUAUGAAGACUCCGGGUUUUCUAAUGGAGAAAAAAACUCUUCUCACAGGGACACAGAGUCCCAGCUUUUAGAGGAAGAAACCCCCUGUCACCUCUGCUGGGACUAUGAAGACUCCUGGUCCUCUAACCGGGCUCAAUUCAAAGAGUCUCAGGCAGAAGAACCAGAGCCCAGCUCACCUGAAGAGGAACCACCUCUCAGCUCUGACAGCGAGAAACCAGGUGGUGAAGCUACACUAACUGACCCCCCUGCCGAGACCACAGCUCCCUCUGGUGGCAAGAAGAAGAGGCCAAAGUGGUUUUCCAGAGUCUGCAGGAGAAUCGCAGCUUUUGUUGACCGCGCCAGAACAAGGAUUCGAUCCUUGUAGGGUGUUAUUGAACUAUGUAAAUAUUGCAAAUAAAAAUGAAAGCAUUACAUUA